AUGGCAUUCUUUUUCAGGACGGUUGACAACGGAAUCAAACUUUCCUCCUUGAUGUCCAUUCCCGACGUCAGCAAUGUCUGCACAAUGAACAAAAUCACAUCUGACGAACUCAAUCGUUUUGUCAUGCAUGAGGGCACACCAGAGGCAUCACAACCGCUAGGACACUUGCUGUCUCACAUUUUCAAGCCUUUCAAAAUCCCCCUCCCCCAAGUAUCUGCACUUCAAAUUCCUCUCAAAAAAAUCCUCCAUCCCAACCAACAUGUUAGAUCGCGAUACCAUGGCUUAUCGCCAGAUACUCUGGUGCCACUGUACAAUACUGAAACAAGUACUUGGAACUGGGAUCUUCCAGUUGACCCCCCUGGAAAUGACUCGGACUCAGACCCCAGUGGUACUAGUAGCCAUGGUAGUCCUUCCACAACUCAGGACCCAGAGGCUGCAACUUAUGAAGAAAUUGUCGCAUCCUUUAUCAACACUCUUGCUGGUUGCUUAUCGGUAUCACAACCCCUGCUAGAAAAGGAGUGUUAUGCAACUCACACAUGGAGCGCAGCCAAUGCUCACAAGGCAUUGCCCAGCAGCAAGAUACAGUGCAAACCCGACCUUGUUCUAUCUGACGAUGUCACCGCAAAAUGGGGAAAUAUCAGGGUAUCUGGUGAGCUGACACACAGUUCUUACAAGCCUGCAAUGCAGCUUGGGAAGGCUGCAGACACCCAUGCCUACCUUAUGAUGAGCAAACAGCCCUGGAGGCGCUUCACGCUCAUACUAUCAUUUACGAAUCAAUAUCAUCAUCUCAGAGUCCUCAUGUAUGAUCACUCUGGUGGCGCUGUUUCUACCCACUUUGAUAUAUAUGACCAACCAGACUUAUUUUCUCAUAUUAUCGCUGUUCUCAAUUUCAGCAAUCUAGAAUGUGUCGGGUAUGAUUCAACAGUCUCAUUCACAAAACAUGUUUCGCCACCCCUUUCCAAACCUAUUCGCGACUAUCGCCCAAUCAAGAACAUGCCCGUGCGAUGUAGCAGCCCAGCAGACCUUCCUGCAUCCACCUCCAAAUCCCUCAUUGAACUGCUGUCGGAUUCCAAGAGCCUAUCAUCUGACGAGGAUCUCGAGUCUGUAGUCUCUGAUGGCUCUGACUAUGAGGAACGGUUAACUGAGGACUCACUUGAAGAGAACUCAGAUGAAUCUACUCAGGCGUUUACACCAGAAGAAGAAUUCCUCCUCCCCUCCUCUCCAGUGCAACCCACUAUGAUGUCCAGUGCCCCCCUUCUCAGCCUCGCAUCCCAAAUUCCCCAGGACUUGAUGGAGAGCAUAUGUUCCGUCACACCUCAUCCAUCCCAAUUUCCCCACUCUGAGCACUCACCUGAACCUUGUGGCAAGAUCCGCGUAGGGGACACGAUGUACAUUAUCAAGAGAAUUCUUUUCACGAGCCAGGGCCUCAUUGGUCAUGGAACGAUCUGCUAUCUGGCCAGCCUGGAUGGGGAAGACUAUAUUGUCAAGGACCAUUGGGUCCUCGGCAAGCAGGAUGAUAUUAUCUUGAACGAGAUAAAGAUGUUAAACCUAAUGCAAGGAGUCCCUGGUGUUCCCGAGCUAGUAGAUCAUUGGCUCGUCACAACAUCAGAAGGCGAGGUCAACAAUACUUGA